UAGCCCAGGGCGCAGCCACAGCCUCCAGCCGCCUCCGAGCGGCCAGAGGGAGCAGCCGGUCUCUGCUCUUGGCCAUUUUGCGGCCACCCUGCCACGGGGCAGGACCCGCGAUCUUCCUCCUCCUCAACCCACACCCCAAACUCUGGUCCAAACCCAUUGCCAAGACAUGGAAGAAUUUUUGCAACGCGCCAGGUCUAAGCUGGAUCGAAGCAAACGCUUGGAGAAGGUUCACGUGGUUAUUGGACCUAAAUCAUGCGAGUUGGAUGCUCUCAUUUCUGCCUUUACAUAUGCUUACUUUCUAGAUAAGGUCAGCCCACCUGGGGUUCUGUGUUUACCAGUGCUGAAUAUCCCACGGACUGAAUUCAGCUACUUCACUGAGACCAGGUUUAUAUUAGAAGCGCUGAAUAUCUCUGAAUCCUUCCACAUAUUUCGAGAUGAAGUUAAUCUGCAUCAGCUCAAUGAUGAAGGGAAGUUAUCUAUAACACUUGUUGGUAGCAACGUCCUGGCAAGUGAGGACAAAGCAUUGGAAUCAGCAAUUGUCAAAGUCAUUAACCCAGUUGAGCAGAACGGUGCGGAGUUGGAGUUCCAAGAGUCUUCCUCAUCCCUUGUGCUGAAAGAGCUUCUCCAGGAGGCUCCGGAGCUCCUCACCGAGCAGCUGGCUCAGCUCCUCAGAGGCAGCAUCCUUUUCAAGUGGAUGACUAUGGAUCCAGAGAAGAUCUCAGAGAUGCAGGAGGAUAUUCUGUCCAUCCUGGAAGAGAAGUUUCCUAACUUGCCUCCAAGAGAGGACAUCAUCAGAGUCCUGCAGGACACCCACUCCAGUGCACAUGGUUUAAGUACUGAGCAAACAAUGUUGAGAGACCUGAAGGAACUGUCAGAUGGAGAAAUAAAAGUGGCCAUCAGUGCUGUGGACAUGAACCUUGAGGACUGUGUGUUUCACAGCAGUAUCACCAGUGAUUUGAAAACAUUCACAGACAAGUUCGGCUUUGAUGUCCUUGUCCUGUUCUCCAGCUACCUAUCAGAGGAUCAGCAGCCUAGAAGGCAGAUCGCUGUGUACUCUCAGAACCUGGAGCUAUGCAGUCAGAUUUGCUGUGAGCUGGAAGAGUGUCAGAACCCUUGCCUAGAACUGGAGCCCUUUGAAUGUGGCUGUGAUGAGAUCCUAGUGUACCAGCAGGAGGACCCUUCUGUGACUUGUGACCAGGUGGUUCUCCUUGUCAAGGAAGUCAUCAAUAGGAGAUGUCCAGAGAUCGCCUCCAACAGCCGGACAUCCUCAACGGAAGCUGUGGCAGGCAGUGCCCCCCUCUCCCAAGGCUCUUCCGGGAUUAUGGAGUUGUAUGGUUCUGACAUAGAGCCACAGCCCAGCUCUGUGAAUUUCAUGGAGAACCCUCCAGAUCUCAAUGAUUCUAACCAGCCUCCGGUGGACGUCAACAUAGACCUUGUUAGUCCAGAUAGCGGGCUAGCCACCAUCCGGAGCAGCCGGUCAUCCAAGGAGAGCUCUGUUUUCCUCAGUGAUGAGAGUCCAGUGGGAGAAGGUGCUGGGCCUCACCACAGUCUCCUUCCAGGCUUUGACUCCUAUAGUCCUAUCCCCGAAGGGGCAGUGGCAGAAGAGCAUGCACGGUCUGCGGAUCACAGUGAACACUUUGACCUCUUCAACUUUGACUCAGCUCCCAUGGUUUCUGGGCAGUCCCAGCCAUCUUCCCAUUCUGUAGAUUAUUCCCCAGCAGACGACUUCCCCAACAGUGACUCAUCAGACGGACAGCUUACCCCUGGGCCGAAAGGACUUGAUGAGAUAGGGACCAACAUGUCCAAUUAUUCAUCCAGUUCACUUUUGUCUGAGGCUGGUAAAGAUAGCCUGGUGGAAUUUGAUGAGGAGUUUGUCCAGAGACAAGAAAGUCUGGGAGAAAACUCUGAAGGAAAUUUGAACCUGAAAGGUUUUGUGGGAGAUGAAUCUCCUUCACCAGAAGGGCUGGACAAUAUUGGAAAGCAAAUCCCACUCACGCCUAUGAAUAGUUUUGUGGAAAGCUCGCCAUCCGUUGAAGAGCCAGCCUUGCUCUAUGCAGAAAAUACAAUCCCUAAAGCAAUGGACACAGGUCACCUUGGGCCACCUCAGACCCGGACUCGGUGCAGCAGCUGGUGGGGUGGUUUGGAAUUUGACUCUAAAAAUGCUGCAGAUGCAUGGAGUUCCAGUGAACAAGAAUCUGUUUUUCAGAGUCCCGAAUCAUGGAAAGAUCAUAAGCCUAGCCCCACUGACAGGAGAGCUUCAGAUCCUGUCUUUCAACCAAAGAGUCUUGACUUCCCAAAGUCAGAUCCCUGGGAGUCUGAAUUUUGUCAGCCAGAACUUGAUAGCAAUGAUAUUCAAGACAAAAAGGAGGAAAGCUUGCAGAUUCAAAACCUGCCCACUGAGAAGUCACAUUUACCAAAUGCUUCUCCUCUGGGAACAAACCACCUGAUAGAAGACUUUACUGCUUUGUGGCAGGCUGGUCACUCUCCCACAGCGAUGCCUGCACCCUGGGGAAACCCUACAGAUGAUGGGCAACCAGUGGCUGCCAUGUCAUUUGCAGCCUGGAGUGUAUUUCAUAAAGAAGAUGACACUGGAGCUCUAAAAAACACCUGGAAUCUUCACCCGACAAGUGGCGAGACACCGGUGGGGAACCCAAAUGAGUGGGUGAUGGCAAAAAGUGGGUAUUCUUUUCUUUCAGAAGACCUGAUGGACAAUUCAGCCAGAGAGGCAAAUAAUGAGGCAGCUCCAAAAAUCUGGGUCAAGAAGAACAAUGACUCUAGGGAUAAUAUCUUUGUAUCUGGAAAUCCCAGUUCCAAGCUGGAGCAUACAUGGAAUAAUUCCCAGCCACCAAGGAAAGAUCAAAAUGCUUUAGUGGAUCCUAAAGCUAGGGGGAAGGUGUAUGAAAAGGUAGAUUCCUGGAACCUUUUUGAGGAGACUGAUAAGAAAGGAGGCUCAGAUGUCCUAGCCCCUUGGGAAGAUUCCUUCUUGGCCUACAAAUGUUUGGAUUACAGUGCAUCUAAUGUAGGAGAAGAUUCAGUGCCUUCUCCCUUAGAUACCAACUACUCCACUUCAGACUCUUACACAUCACCAACAUUUACUGGGGAGGAAAAAGAAACAGGAAACAAGCCAUUUGCCAAACAGGAAGUCUGUGAGCCCAAAGUUGCAGACUCAACUGUAGAGGAAGCUGAGGUUCCUGUGCAAUCACUGCAGCAGCUUCCUAGAAAUCGAAUCAGUUCAGGCCCUGGGAACCUGGACAUGUGGUCUUCCUCUCACACAGAUGACAGUCCUGAAACAAAGGCUGUCCACGAGCCAGAUAAAGACUUACUGCAGGCUCAGCACACAGAUGAGAAGAACAUCUCCGUGGAGGACGAGGUGGGGGAAAGCAGCCAGUCCAGCUAUGACGACCCCAGUAUGAUGCAGCUGUACAACGAGACAAAUCGGCAGCUCACACUUCUGCACAGCAGCACCGACUCCCAGCAGGUGGCCCCUGACAGCCUUGACUUGUGGAACAGAGUGAUUCUUGAGGACAUUCAGUCCACCGCCACGAUAUCAGAUAUGGACAAUGACUUGGACUGGGAUGACUGCAGUGGCGGGGUGGCAAUCACCAGUGAUGGCCAAGUGGAAGGAUAUAUGGAUGAGAGCACUGAACCAGAAACUCGAUUUUCAGUGAGACAGCUAGAACCAUGGGGCACAGAGUAUCAGGAAGAAAACCAGAUAGACUGGGAGCUCCCUGCCUCCUCUGAGCAUGCCAAGGAUGCUGUUCCCAAAGAAUAUCACACACUGAAUGAGAAAAAUGGGCAGCUAAUUGCAGACAGUAUUUGGGAUUCUGUCAUGAAGGAUAAAGAUGUGUCGUCAUUCAGGUUACCAGGCAGGUCAUGCAUGACAGAUUCAGAAGAAAGCAAUUUGCCUUCUCAAAGUACCAGCCCUUCAGCAAAUGCUAUGAACAGUCACAUCACCCACGGGCUAGAAGCCUCUGGAAUGAGUGAGUCAGCAGCACACAGACUUCAUCCUGAUGACCAGGACUCGGGGACAGGAACCUUGCCAGGUGAUACAGCAUCCUUGGUCACCAGGCUUGAGAACUCAGGACAUGUUGCAAGCUCAGAUCUUUGGAUACAUCGUAGUUAUAGAAACAGUGAGCAUGAACACGAAGCCCUGGGAGCAACAAGCAGAAGGUGCCUUGAUACAGAGGAGGUGAUAGGCUCUCGGGAUGAUGGUGCCUCAGGGAUUUCUGGAGAAGGGCCUAGUGACCAGGAGCUCUCAUCUCCAGCUGCAUCUGAAUAUCAAGAAAUCUACACUGAAUCCGGCAAAAUCAGCUCUCUUUCGGACACUUGUAGUCCUCAAACAGAGGAACCAAAGGAAGCUUUAGAGUAUGAGGAGUCUUAUAACUUGGAUACCUGUGAUGCACAAACAGAGAUGUCCACAAAUAACCUGCAGGCAAAGGAGACCUACAAAGAGCUCCUCAUGGGUCACAGAAAUUCAGGGGAAACUGCUGAGAUUUCAGGAAAGAUGAAUUUAAGAAAAAAUGUAUCUGCAAUGAAUCUUGAGAAAUUGGUAGCAUAUAACGUUCUGGAGCCAGAAAGAGUAAAUGAAGGGCCACCUCAGGAGUCCCCCCAAUGCCUUGCUGAUGGGAAUGGCUCUGCAGACAAUGAUGUGCAGGACAAUUACACAAGUUCCGAGAUAACUAGGACUCUUGAAGGGAAGAGUUCUGAGAACAGCCUUCCAGGAGCCAGUUCAUCUGGAAGUUAUGACAAAGACAGUCUUUCCAGUGAUGAGUGUACACACUCAAGUGCAUCAAGUCCUGACCUAAAUGAUUCUUCAGCUGCGUUGUCCUUCUGGGGCCAUGCACCCAGUACUGAGCAUCAGAAAGAAAAUCAAGUUGAAUGGAGUGAACAGAAUCUCCAACAAUCGGAAGUAAUAAGCACUGAUGGCCAAGUAGAAGUAGUUACUGAAAUGAAGAACUUAGAGGAAAACAGGAUGGGUGAGUUUGAAAAGAGCUUUAGUCAAAAAGUUCCUAAAUUCUUAGAGGUUUGGAAUGAUUCCAUCGAUGGUGAUUCUUUAUCCUCUUUAUCAAGCCCCGAAACAAACAAAUAUUUGGACUAUUCAGGUGCAUAUCAGGACAGAAAUCUAGUGGUUAGCCAUGAGGAAGACAAUAAACACGUUGUUCCUGAAACUGUGCAGCCAGAGGAUGCCAAGGUCAUUUCAACAAAUUCGGGUUGUAACGAUACAACGGUGGGUAAGGAAGAGUCAGCAGAGGAAGAGACCCACUUGGUCCCUUGUCAAGUUACUCCGAGUGAAUCCAGAGCUUGGGAUGCAGUGAAUGAACCUAAGAUCUUGACCACAGCAGAAGCCAAAGUUGAGGAGUUUUCUGAUUAUGUAGGAAGUUCAGAACUAGCAGAGAGUGAAAAUAAACCACACACACUGUGUGAUAGUCAGAGCAGCUCUGAUCCCUGGAAUUUCCCACCACUCACAGAGACGGACAUUGAGAUCACAGCAGAGGAGGAGACACAACCGUCUCCAGAAGCAGGGAAGACAAGAGACGUAAUAUGGCAAAUGUCUCCCAGAGCUGAACCAAAGAAUGGAGCUCAUUCUAAACUGGAAAUGCUUGGCUUCUCAACUGAGAGCAGUGAGUGGUGGAAAGCCCCUCCACAGGAAAGGGGACCCACUGAGAGUACAUUUCAGGGGGUACUGGCUAACUCAAGCGAUGCAUUAUCGAGGAAUUCUUCGGUAUAUGAAAGUGUGGGCCUGUGGGGGGUACCCACCCAGGGUGAUACCACACAAACACACUGCCCCAGUCCUUUCAGUGAUGAACUUCAGCCGCCCUUCCUGGGUAGUAAUGGGGACAACUCCCAUGAGCAACUUUGGAAUAUCCAACCGAGGCAGCCAGAUCCAGAUACUGACCAGUUUAGUCGGCUUGUAAUAUUGGACCAAAUUGAAGAAAAUGAUUCAAGAGAGAAAACUUUUAUAUCUUCAGCUGGUCAUGAAUUUCCUCCCGAGGCAUCCACUCAAGAGCAAUGCCGGGGUACCGUGCUAUCUGUCUGGGAUCAGCCAGACCCCGCAGUCGCGCAAUCAGAUGCAAACGGACACAUUGCAGCUAAUGCCUCAACUAUCGAUUGUCAGGAAGCAAAUUGGUGGGAACGAGAGAAAUCAAACCUUAGUGAAAUGACACAUUCAAGCACUGCCUCCGAAAAUUUCUCUGCCAUCCAUUCUCCCAGCCAGUUGAUAAAGAAGUCAGUCUCUGAAUGGAACGGCUCCAACCCUCAUGAGGACCUCCGAGGUACCUUUGCUCCAGAUAUUUUACAUGGCAGCUUCCAAGAGGGUGGGCAGCUGCCCUCAGCCUCCCCUGACUUGUGGGUGGAUGUCAAGCAGCCCUUCAGUCCGGAAGCAGAUGGUGAGAAUCCUGACAUACUCACUCACUGUGACCACGACAGCAAUUCUCAGGCUUCCAACAGCCCCGAUAUAUGUCAUGAUUCCGAAGGAAAGCAAGAGACUGAGCAGGGUGUAAGUGCUUUCAUCGGACCCGAAGUGCAACCCAGUGAAUUUUAUCUCACUGAGUCAAAGCUAAAUGAAGACCUGAGUCUGCAGCCUGGAAAGGAAUCUGUCCCAUGCAAUUCGGAACUCUCUGCUGAAAAUGUAAUUCUGCUGCCUCCAAUUAGCAAUCAAGCAAACAUAAACGGCUCAUCUCAGCCUGCCUCUUCUCUAGGUUCUCCUGAGCAUUGCGAAAUGGAUGGUGACAAUAAUAUAGGUUUAAAAGCAUCAGAAGAAGCACCUAGUACAGAUACAGCACCGGUUUUGGAACUCAUUGACAGGAGAAUCCAAAGGGUUGAAAAUGUGGGAACUCAUAUUUUAGUAACUCACCAGGAGCCAACUAUGGAAGGCAACCCCUCCUGGGUACCAGAGAACUUUUCUCCUGAAAGUCAGACAGGUGUAAGGGCUUUGUCUAACUGUGAGCCAUCCUUUGUUCCUGAGACUGGUGCUUUGCUCACCUUGGGGACUUGUUUGGAUGUAAGCGAAGCUGCCUUUGACCACAGCUUCAGCGAUGCCUCCGGUCUUAACACUUCCACUGGGACAAUAGAUGACAUGAGUAAACUGACACUGUCAGGAGGCCAUCCUGAAACACCAGUUGAUGGAGAUGCUGGGAAACAAGAUAUCUGUUCAUCUGAAGCCUCGUGGGGUGAUUUUGAAUACGAUGCAAUGGGCCAGAACAUCGAUGAGGAUUUAAUGAAAGAGCAUGAACAUUUUCUCUAUGGUGCUAACCCUCCCUUGGAGGAAAAUGGUCAGAAGCAAUCAGUGGCACCCUACACCCCUCCCUUUGACUUGUCCUGUUUCACAGAAGCCCAGCAUGGUGCAGAGACAACAGGAGAAGCUGGGUCUCCAGAAGACUUAUCUCUGGGAAGUGAAGCAGCAGAUAUGUUGCUUUCUGCUCUUCCUGAUCAAAGUGAGGGAAAGCACACUGAGACUAAAAGUGGACAACCUGGACACCAACCAGUUGUGCUGCACAUUCAUGAAGACUCUGAGUCAGUUUCUUUUCCAGUAGGAGAAGCAAGCUCCAACUUUGAGUCCUCUCCAUCAAACAUUGACUGGGAAAUAGAAUCAGAUAAUUCUGAUUCACCAGCAGGUGGAGACAUGGGACCAUCAAAUGGUGCCGAUGAGGGAAUAUUAGAGUUAGAAGAAGAAAAAAUAAUCCCUGCCAAAGAGCCUGAGCAGAUAAAAUUAGAAUAUAAAAAAGAAAGAUGGACGGGGAAGAAUGGAGAUCAUCACGCAAUACACAUGGAUUACAUACUUGUAGGCCAUGAACAAAAUUCACCCCGGAAGCCAGAGGUCUGUGAAGCAAGAGAAAGUACCUCUCAAUUAGAGGAAUCACACAUAGGUUCUGAAGAACCAGGACUGACAAGAACUCAGGUAGCAAGCUUCCCAGAUACAUGUGAGCCUACCUCCUUAAAUGAAAGCAAAGAUCGUUCUGUAGAGAGAUCUUCAACCAAAGAUGACAAGACGUUGCCUCUGGAACGUUCUGCACAAGACCAGAGUUGGAUGAUCUUGGGUUGUGGCGAGGUCAGUCAUCCAUCACCAGAAACCAGGGACUCAGGGACAGGUUGGGCUGGCAAGACUGUGGGGCCAUUCUCUGAUCCGUACAUGAGCAGAGAGCCUCAGAUGGGAGAAACGAAGCCUUCAGAACCUUUAGCACUAGAGGAAGUCUCUGGUCUGACCGGCCAAUCACAGAAGAUGAAGAGCCGAGGUAGGGCUGGCCCGGACACAGUUGUGUUGCAAGCCGUCGCCCAUGACAAUGAAUGGGAAAUGCUUUCACCGCAGCCGUCUCAGAUAAACGGGAUCCCUGCAAGGGAAAUGGAGGAGGAGACGGAGUUUCUUGAGCCUGGAACCGGGAAACCAAGACCAAAUGGACUCCUGUCAGAGGAUGUAGGGAUGGAUGUCCCCUUCGAGGAGGGGAUGCUGAGUCCCAGUGCUGCAGACAUGAGGCCUGAACCUCCUAAUUCACUGGAUCUUAAUGGCACCCAUCCUCGGAGAAUCAAGCUUACAGCCCCAAAUAUCAAUCUUUCUCUGGACCAAAGUGAAGGAUCUAUUCUCUCCGAUGACAACCUGGACAGCCCAGAUGAGAUUGAUAUUAACGUGGAUGAACUUGAUACUCCUGACGAGGCAGAUUCCUUUGAGUAUACAGGCCAUGAAGAUUCUAUGGCCAACAAAGAUUCUGGCCAAGAGUCAGAGUCUAUUCCAGAAUAUACAGCUGAAGAAGAGCGUGAAGACAACCGGCUGUGGAGGACAGUGGUGAUCGGAGAACAAGAGCAACGGAUUGACAUGAAGGUCAUCGAGCCCUACAGGAGAGUCAUUUCUCACGGAGGAGACUCAGGAUACUAUGGGGACGGUCUAAAUGCCAUCAUUGUAUUUGCCGCUUGUUUUCUGCCAGACAGCAGCCGGGCGGAUUACCACUACGUCAUGGAAAACCUUUUCCUCUAUGUAAUAAGCACAUUAGAGCUUAUGGUAGCUGAAGAUUAUAUGAUCGUAUAUUUGAAUGGUGCAACCCCAAGACGGAAGAUGCCAGGCCUAGGCUGGAUGAAGAAAUGCUACCAGAUGAUUGACAGGCGAUUGCGCAAGAAUUUGAAAUCAUUCAUCAUCGUUCAUCCAUCCUGGUUUAUCAGAACGAUCCUUGCUGUGACACGACCUUUUAUAAGCUCAAAAUUCAGCAGUAAAAUUAGGUAUGUUAGUUCCCUAGCAGAGCUCAGCGGAUUAAUCCCGACGGACUGCAUCCACAUCCCAGAGAGCAUCAUCAAGUAUGAUGAAGAGAGAUCUUUUAAAAGAAGUGUGAGACUGGAUGAAGAACUGAGAGAAGCAUCAGAAGCAGCUAAAACUAGCUGCCUUUACAAUGAUCCAGAAAUGUCUUCUAUGGAGAAGGAUAUGGACCUGAAGCUGAAAGAAAAGCCCUAGCCAGCUCUGGCUUGAAGAGAAUGCUGCUCUUUGCUUUGUGGUUCUGCCAAGAAACACGUCUACCUGGAAGAGACAGGGCUGACAUCACCUUUUCUCCACUUUGCACUACCUGGUGCCAUUCUAAAUUUCUAAGGGGUGAAACAGGAAAGGAGUUUGUUUACUUAUACUGGGUUUUAUGAAAUUGUGUGUAUUUUCCUGUUUUGGCCAAUUAUGUGCCUCAGAGCUUUUAGCUGAACCUUAGCAAGAAAGUAGGACCUUCCAUUUCGAGAUUUUGUUUACCCUUGGUGUAGUGGUAUUUGUUCCCUUAGGCAGAUGUUUACCAACAUGCUAACUUUAAAUCCACUGUUAAGGAUAAAUGGGCUUAUCUGUA